CUGUGUGCGGCCGCGGAGCGGGUCUGGGAUGUCAAGAUGGCGGCCUCGCCCGUGUCGGUCUUCCCCGGCGUGCGGCUCCUGACCAUCGGCGACGCCAACGGCGAGAUCCAGCGGCACCAGGAGCAGCAGGCCCUCCGCCUCGAGGCACGCACCGGCCCCGACGCCGCCUGCCUGGCCCUCUACAGCCAAGAUGAUGUCUGCGUAUUUAAAUGUUCGGUAUCAAAGGAGACGGAAUGCAGUCGAGUCGGCAAGCAGUCCUUCAUUAUCACGCUGGGAUGUAAUAGUGUCCUUAUACAGUUUGCGACGCCAAGUGGUAUGUCACCGCUGCCCGAGGAGUCACGAAGUAUGGAGCAGUCUCUGUGUUCAGUGAAGCGAUGCAUUGUGAGGGAAUGCGAAUCUGCUGUGCGAGAAUACUUCCAGUUUUAUGGAUACUUGUCCCAGCAACAAAAUAUGAUGCAGGAUUAUGUCAGAACGGGCACCUACCAGCGAGCGAUCCUGCAGAACCACAGUGACUUUAAAGACAAGAUUGUAUUAGACGUCGGCUGCGGCUCUGGCAUCCUGUCGUUUUUUGCGGCUCAGGCUGGAGCGAGAAAAAUCUACGCGGUGGAAGCCAGCACAAUGGCUCAGCAUGCAGAGGUUUUAGUGAAAAGUAACAGCCUCAUGGACCGGAUCGUGGUAAUUCCUGGGAAGGUGGAGGAGGUCUCGCUUCCCGAACAGGUGGACAUCAUUAUCUCUGAGCCAAUGGGUUACAUGCUUUUCAAUGAACGGAUGCUGGAGAGUUACCUGCACGCCAAGAAGUAUUUAAAGCCGAGCGGUAAUAUGUUUCCAACCAUCGGAGAUGUCCACCUAGCUCCGUUCACAGAUGAGCAGCUGUACAUGGAGCAGUUCACCAAGGCAAACUUCUGGUAUCAGCCCUCCUUUCAUGGUGUGGAUUUGUCAGCGCUUCGAGGUGCGGCAGUAGAUGAAUAUUUCAGGCAGCCGGUUGUGGAUACUUUUGAUAUCAGGAUUCUAAUGGCCAAAUCUGUUAAAUACACAGUGAACUUCUUAGACGCCAAAGAAGCGGAUUUGCACAGGAUAGAGAUCCCAUUCAAAUUCCACAUGCUGCAUUCAGGUCUGGUCCACGGGCUGGCUUUCUGGUUCGACGUAGCCUUCAUUGGUACAAUAAUGACUGUUUGGCUCUCAACCGCUCCCACAGAACCUCUGACCCACUGGUACCAAGUGCGGUGCCUCUUUCAGUCUCCGCUUUUCGCUAAGGCUGGUGACACCCUCUCAGGGACGUGCCUUCUCAUCGCCAACAAGCGGCAGAGUUACGAUAUCAGUAUUGUUGCUCAAGUGGACCAGACAGGCUCCAAGUCCAGCAACCUCCUCGAUCUGAAGAACCCAUUUUUCAGGUACACAGGUUCAACCCCUUCACCCCCGCCAGGAUCUCACUACACCUCUCCUUCGGAGAACAUGUGGAACACGGGCGGCUCCUACAACAUGAACACGGGGAUGGGCGUUGGUGGGAUGCCGACAGCAUAUGAUCUCAGCAGCGUGAUAUCCGGCGGCACCAACGUUGGCCACAACAACCUUAUUCCUCUAGCUAACACGGGGAUUGUCAACCAUACCCAUUCCCGGAUGGGAUCCAUCAUGAGCACAGGGAUUGUCCAAGGUUCAUCCAGCGGUCAAGGCGGAGGAACGUCGAGCUCCCACUACCCUGUCAACAGCCAGUUCACCAUGGGGGGCCCGGCGAUUUCCAUGGCCUCGCCCAUGUCCAUCACCACCAACACGAUGCAUUAUGGGAGCUAAGAGACCCUCAUCCCUGCUCUCUGAACUCACAGCAUCAGGAAACCAAAACGAAGACAAAAGUUUCAUCUCCCUGCCCGUUUGCCUGCUGCGCCUCCACAGUUCGGCAGUCACGUCUCUGGAGACCUGUUUCUCUCACCCAAUUCCCAUUAGGCUGGCCAGAGAUGUUCUCACCCUUGUACGAUAGAAGGCACGCCCCCCCACCCCCACCCCCACCCACCCACCCCCCGGUGGCCCUUUGAUAGUGGACUUGUACACUUUUUUUAAAACAAUGAAAUCCUGGAAACGUCAGCAUCCUCAACCGUGACUUUGGAGUCCCUGCGCCCACUGUGUCUUACAACCAAUCAUGUUGCAAGUGGGAUGAGCUUUGAGCCUUCUACACCCUAUCGGCUGUGGGCACAGGCCGUAGGAGCAGAACUGCAACGGGGCCUUUGGCAGUAUUUUGAGCAGCUCAGCUGCAGCAACUGGAUCCUUUAGCCUCUGGCCACUGUUUUGAAAGGCCGGGGCGGCCGCUCGCUCGCUGUAGAACGGGCACAGGUGAACAGAUGUCCAGCUGCGUGCCCUUGACUUCUAGCCUGCCCCAGCAUCUGAGCUAGUACUUUAAUAAGACUUUAGGAGGUGUGCCUCCCGUAGCAGGGGAAAGACCCUCCUGGCUGUAUGGUGGGUUUCUCCCUGCUGUAGGUUUUGGUUCUUUGGAAGCGCACCCAACCAAGGCGAGGCGCAUUGUUUCGGCGCAAGCAUCCAGUCAGCCGGUCUGAUCAAUGUUUGUCUCUGGGGGAACCUGGCUGUAGCAUCGAAAGGUUAAAACAAAAAUUCAGAACACAAAUGUACCAAAAAAAAAAUUGGUCGCUUGCUGAAAGUGGAAUGGAUGGUGUAUUGGUUUCCUGUUGCUCAUUUGGACGGGUUGCUCGGUGGUGGCCCCCUAUCAUCUGCUCUGUGUCCUUUGGGCUAUUCCACCUGCUGCCUCUGGCCCUUCUUCCCUCACCUGAGCAGGCAGCAGGGAACUGGGUAGCUAAUGGCUUAAGGCAUAGACUUGACCUUUGCCCCCUGCACUAGCCAUCAGGGACUCUUGCGUAGAUUGUUCUGCCAUCGGUUACGGAGAAGCCCCCGUCCCUUUGUAGUCUUUGUAUGUGUAACCUGUAGCCAUUUGCGGUAUUUCUUUUCUCCCCUUUUCAGGAGCCACACUCGCUGGCAUUUUUGAAGGGACUUGGCAGGGACCCCUUUUUACGGAGACAGAAAAGUGUGUUUUCCUUUGGCGGUUUCUUUUGCCCCCCACCCAACGUGGGCUUGCGGGGAUGAUUUGCGGGGAGGAGGGAGGGCGACGUCCGUGCAAAAAGCCCCCUAAAGCGGCUGAAUUGUGUGGGGUCUGCACGGAGCCCGUUGUGAAGUCUGAAUGAUCAAUGAUUUUGUGACUGUUAAAAUAAAACUGGGCGGGUUUUGAA